ACUCCUCAGUGGCUCAGUCCGACGAAAAAAAAAGUACUUUCUUUGCAAACAAAUCCUCUGGCCAUCCAUAACUCAGUUGGAGAAAAGAAGAAGAAAUGCCGACGCACGAACUCCGGCGAUCGUACAAGCGGGCGGCAAUAUCAGACCAGCAAAAAAGGCGAGAAGUCUCUCUCCUUCGGCAACAGCAAAACCGGUUAGACGCGCAAUCCCAAGCUCGUCGUCUGGCCUCUACUCUUCUCUCUUUCCAUCAACCAACCCCCACUUCUUCUUCCUCCUACGACGCCUCUCUCGAGUUUGAUAUCGAACCAGAAUACGAGGAGGAUGGUGCUGAAGUUGACAAUAUCAAGGAUGUUCGACAGGCUUCUCGGCUUCGUGGUCAAGAAUCUCGCCGCUGGUUUGCUCGCCAGUUGAUGCUUCCUGAGUGGAUGAUCGACAUUCCACAUCUUCUUUCUCAAGACUGGUUUGUAUUAGCCAGGCCAGCUGGGAAGCGAUGCUUUGUAGUUUCCAUCAAUGGGACAACAGUUAGUAGACUACGUAAUGGCUCGGUGUUGCAUCAUUUCCCGUCCGCUCUACCUAAUGGAGCUAGAACGAGGGAGAAUUCUGGAUCUUCACAGUCGUAUAGUAUUCUUGAUUGCAUUUUUCACGAGAUGGACCAGACUUACUAUGUGAUUGACAUGGUAUGUUGGCGAGGAUACUCUCUUUACGAUUGUAAUGCCGAGUUCAGAUUUUUUUGGUUGAACUCCAAGCUUUCUGAAAGUGGAGCUUGUGAACCACCUUCUCACUACCACAAGUAUCAGUUUAGUCCAGUUCCUGUCUACAACUGUGACCAGAGUGGAUUGCUGUCAGCAUAUACAGGACAAGUACCUUAUGUCAAAGAUGGUCUGUUAUUCUAUAACAAGCAGGCAAACUAUCAAGCAGGAAAUACACCGCUUACAUUGGUCUGGAAGGAUGACAAAUGUAGCCAAUAUGUUAUAGACACAGAUAAAAAAGGUGAAAUUCCAAGCAAGCAACAGGUGGUCUUAGAGCUUCAAGAUGAUGGAAAGGUGGCUACUUCAGAUGAUCCUCCUGUCGUAAUUGCCUGCCUUGAUCAGGACUUUGUACAAAAGGCAGAAUUAUCUCCUGGUGAUCUUCUGCGGUUUUCAAUCAAUGAUGGAGGACUGAAUUUUGUGGAUGGGAAACUUGAGAAGGCCGAUUUACUAUACCAAGAAAAGACCAACCGUGCUCGAGCUUUUGCUGACAGUUACUCAAAGGUUGUAUUUCAAUACAUGGCUCGAUGUUCUCCUAUUAGAAUCGACGAUUUGCUAGGAUCCAUCAACUCACAAAUUGACCCAGGAAAUAAAGAUGUUGAGAUGUCUGGUUGAUAGUAAUCCGCAAAAGUACCAGAAUACUUCAUUGUUCUCUGAAUCAUGUGGUGAAAUAUAUCAACUUGGCGAGGUCAUAGAAAUUUGAUGUAGCAAUUAGGGUCCGUUUGAUUUGAUGGGAAACCAAAAUAUUUGUUUUCCUUUGUCUGGUUUGAUGGAAAUAAUUAAGCUAAGGGGGAAAUGGAGAUGUUGGGAAUAAGAGAGUGGAGGAAAAUGAUUUUCCUGCUAAUUUUAGAGGAAAAUGUUUACAAAGGGAUGAAAACUUGUUUCCACUUUAGUUUUUCUUUUCUAAUCCCUUGUCCAAACAAACAACGGAAAAUGGGAAAAAUCGCUUUCGUGGAAUAACGUUUCCUCCAAAACAAAUGAAGCUAUAGUCAUUUUCCAACAACAUGGACUUGGCGGUCUGGAAGUGUGAAGGCUUACUAGAGGUUGCUGUUUGUGACUUGUGUAUUAUGGAGGAUGAUUAUUAUGAAUACUUGGAAAAGUUGAUGUAUUUAUGAUUUGUGUUGCUAGUCUGGAAUUCUGGAUUGGUCAUGAUCUAUGUAAAUGAAAGCUUCACUCACUUUAGUGAUCUUUGGCUUGGACAUAGGAUGUUGAUUGAUUAAUUUUACAUAGGUGACAGAUGGCCUACUUGUAUCGACUUUGAUUUUUGGUCAAUUUGGAGUCAAAUGAUUUUAUUCAAUUUA